AGCUGCUGCUUUUACUGGGGCUCUGCAGCCUGGGAGAGAGAUAGACCCUCUGGGAGGGAAGAAGCACUGGCAGCCCCUUUCCUUGUCUUAUAUUUAAUAGGUAUUUCCUGGCAUGGCAAGGCCGUAUUCAUAAAGAGAGAUCCUAAAAGAGUGAUUGAGAGAUCCUUGAGACAGUGAGAUACAGAAGAGCAAAGAGACCCUCACCAGCAGAGAAAGGUAAACCUAGAAUCCAUCACAGGGAGAGAGAGUGGGUGGGUGCAGGACCCUGGAAUUGAGAUAAAAAGGACCAUGGUGUGGGUGGGGGACAGAGACCUUCAGGCCGUAAGGAAGCUGCAAUUAAAAUAGAUAGAGAACGAACUGCACCGAGGGUCUGCUGGGGGAAGGAAAGCCCAAGCACUAGCACUGGCUCCCAGCCUAUAAAAGAAAGAAAACAGAUGCUGGCUCCAGCUUUGGAAAGGGAAAAGGCACCAAGAUUUAAAGAGAAGACAUACCCUGCCAGCCAGAGAGGAGGCCUGAAACCCAAGCUAAAGGAAGGACCCCAUAUCUGCCAGUGUCUGCUUCCCAUGGCCUUGACACAAGCGGGCAACACAAGGAAAUGAUCGAGGGGUAAUAAGAUCAAGUCGGCGUGGGAUAUGUCUAACACCACAGUAAUUGCACUGCAUGCUUCAUCUUCUCUAAGCAAUAAGCCAUGCUCCUUCCCCAGUUUCCAUUCCAUAUCAUGAGCAUGUGAAUGCCCAGCCCUGGUUUGAUUCCUACAUCCUUUGGUCUUGACUCUUUUGCUGGAUUAAUUCUCCCAGCAUCUGCCUCUGGCUGAAGAACUUGGAAGAAAGUUGGACAUGGUGACCCUUAUGCUGCCAAAAAUUAAACUGAGAGUCACGGGCCGCACAGCAGCGCUUAUACUGAUUUUUGCCUUGGUCACCUUUCUCAUCAUACUGACUUCCAACAACAGCGAGGAACCAUUCAACUACAGGGAGUUGAAGCUCAAAUAUACCAACCCACCCAAUAUCAGAAAAUGGCUGCUACAAGACGGAUACAUCUCAGUGUCUGGCAACAAGACACUACAUCCCAAGUGCAACAGCUGCGUUAUUGUCACCAGUUCCAGCCACCUCCUCAACACUGAUCUGGGCCCAAAGAUCAACCAGGCAGAAUGCAUUAUUCGCAUGAAUGACGCCCCCACCACAGGUUACGAAAAGGAUGUUGGGAACAAGACUACGUUCCGCGUGGUGGCCCACUCCAGUGUAUACAGGGUUCUUAGGAGGCCGCAAGAGUUCUUAAGCCGUUUUCCAGGACAGACUCUUAUCUUUUGGGGACCUCCUAACAAGAUGCAGCAGGGCAGCAAGUCUAAUAUGUAUCACAUCAUCCAACGAGCCAGCUCAGCUUUCCCCAACGUGUCUGCCUUUGUUGUGUCCCCAAGGAACAUGGGGAGAUUUGACGAGUUGUUCCGGGCAGAGACAGGGAGGGACCGAGCGAAGUCUCACUCAUGGCUUAGUACGGGCUGGUUUACAAUGGUGAUAGCAGUGGAGCUGUGCAACAAUGUGCACGUGUAUGGCAUGGUUCCCCCAAACUACUGCAGUAAACGCCAGAGGAAGAUGCCGUAUCAUUAUUACGAACCAAAAAGCCCAGACGAGUGCAUCACGUACAUUCAGAACGAGCAAGGCCGUAGAGGAAACCACCACCGUUUUAUCACAGAGAAAUUAGUGUUUGCCCGCUGGGCACCAGUAUACAACAUCACAUUCUCUCACCCGGAGUGGCUUGAUGACAUAGAGACUGAAUCUAUUUAACCACGUCCUAGUGGGUCAUACCACCCCGUCUCUUCUACUUACACCUUCACUGGUUUUUCUCUGUGUUGUUUGGUGCUGGGUGCUGUCCAGAUACAAGAGAAGCUAAAGCAGUGGAUAUCAUGAGCAGGUCUGGACUGGGAGUCAAAAUAGGUCCUGGAAUUUCACACACCCCCCAGACCACUAAAUAGUGACUGUCUAUGGCAUCUUACAGCAGCCCCUCUGGCAUUUGCCAGAACCCACAGAUUGCCAGUCAGGGCUUGAACAUGAGAGAAAAUGAAAGAUCUAAGAAUCAUCAGAUUGUGGGUUGCUUAGUUUCUCACUGGGCUAUCCUGGUAAAACAAAAAACAUCCAUCAGAAAUACACCAGCAAUGGCACAAUGGUCUGGGAACUCAACUUUUAUGGCUGGCAUCAAUUCUGGUUCAAAAGAGAGUUGGAAGGAAGUUAAGGUUUGCUCAGGGUGACUAGGCUUGGAAAAGUCAUUAUGUGAUAAUGUAUAAUAUAUUUAUUUUGUUUGUGCGCUGCCACCUUAGAUCUAAAUAUAUAUGAUUUCGCCCUAUAAUGAGGGAGAGCAACCAUGUUAUAGGCAGUGAAAUCCAAAAAGGACAUGAAGGUGCCAACACUAGUCCUCCUAUUCACUAGAGGUGUACCUUCUGCCGUCUCCCAGAAAAGCUGCCCAGUAGGGUUUGAACUGAAUAUUCUGAUGGCAUUUUAAACGGCAAGGUUAGGGAAAGCAAAGAUGGAGACAUGAUAGAAGAUUGUGUACCAGUGUUGGCCGGGAUGAAUAAAGUUAUGAGAUUAAGAAUUGGUAAUAGAAUAUGAAUGUUAAACGAGGACUGUCCUGAGUGGAAAGUAAAUUUGAUAUAAUAGGCAGCAAACAUGGAAUGGGUCUGUGUGGUGGAUAUUUGUAAUUUUUCCUGAAUUUGGUGUUGUCCACUGACUUGCUCCUCCUUUUUCCCCAUGGAAGUUUUGUAUUGUGUACAAGGAACCUGUACUGUGCAUUACUUUUAUUAUAUUUGUCAGGAUACUCUUUUUUUCCCGAUUUAUAUUUUACAAUGUUAUGACAAACAAUACCCCGCAGCCAGAACCCACGUAGAAAUACUGUACCAAAUGGCUUAUUUUUUAAGUGUUCUCUUGUGGAAAGGCAACUAAGGAUACUCUAAAAUUCUCUAUUUUUCUUACCCUUUCAACCUGAUCAUGUAAAAAAAAAAAUGCUUGUCCAGGUGAUCCGUAGACACUUAAGGAGGCCUCUCCGAAUUUGUCAUUUGUAUGCAUGGUGUCUGGAACUGUAGGUAGUUCCACUGAUAACGAAUGGAAAUGAAGUUUGCACAUUUCUUGUUCGGAGCUCAUGUUUUGAUGCAGGAAAUGUCAGUGAAAUGCUUUACUUAAGGAAACAAAAUACUCUUUAAUUGAGCAACUGCUCCCAACAAACAAUGGAACGGGAACUGCAAAUUAAGACCACAAAGUGCUUCCACAAAUGUGGAACUGACUGCGCCCAAAUGCUGCUGUGGGUUUGUGGGAGGACCCAUUUGAAAAUAAAUAAAUCUAAUUUUAAUACA